GUAACUCUAUGGGCUGGCAGAAGCCAAUCACUGAUCUUACUGUACACGGUGACUGACCAAUCAGAAACCAAGGGACUCACAGCUAAGGCCCGCCUACUUACGCCAGCCAGUAGUCGAGCUGAAAAACUGUCAAGUGAGUGAACAGGAUGGGGACGGCUUGAUAGCAGCAAAAAUACGUAAAAAAUGUAACGAGAAGUUGUAAAAACAACUUUAAAAGUUAUCCAUGCCAUGUUUGGAGUUCACCACAGCACAUGUUAGUAACCUACAGACAAGCAGCAGCAGCCUUGGGCAGUGCGUGUUUUCCCCCUGCGAUAACAGUAAGCAGCCAGUUUCGGAAGAUGUCAGCGCCCAGUAACUCCCUUCAGCAGCCGAGGGUGAGGCGCAGCAAUGCGGGCUCCCCGGGCUCGUUCACCCAGAGCGGCAGCAGCUGCAGCCGCUUGCACCCCAUCCGCGCCACUGUGCCUUACCAGCUCCUGCGUGGGGGUCCGAGCAGCCCCACACGGCCGCAAACCCUGCACGGAGGAACAACAACCAGCCGGGUCUCGAGUAGCAGUCCCCCUUCCAGUCCUCCGCUCUCUGCAGGAAGUACAAAGCAAAGAGUGUCACCCGAAAAUAAGGAGGCUUCCUGUCCCCCAGACUCCCCUGUGUCAAAAGCGGAAAGAUCCAAACUACAGGUGCGUAGCUCCAGUGCCAUACGGAGAGCGUCUUCCUUGGACGCCAUCACAGGACCUUAUCUCACUGGCCAGUGGCCUCGGGACUCCCACGCACCGUACCCUUCCUGCAUGAAAGACAAAGCCACACAGACUCCAGGUCUCUGGAUCGACGAAGCUGCCGAACUGGGAAGUCCUCACCAGCGAUCAGCGUCGUGGGGGAGCGCAGAUCAUCUGAAAGAGAUCGCUAAGCUGCGCCUGCAGCUGCAGCGCAGCAAGCAGGUGACCAGGCAGAGCAAAGACAGGGAGCAGAGCUCCCUGCAGCAGCUGCCGCAGCAGCACAGCGCCGCGUGCCAAUCACAGCACAAGGGAACUUCUUCAACUUUCACGUCAAACCCGAUGCCCAAGUCGCUGAUAUGCAGAGUGCCGAGCAGCGUGGAGGGAAUCAACCACGAGCUGGAAAACGUUUUCAUACGAGACGACUGGGAGCACGGCCUGCAGGCCAUGGAGGUGGUGGAUGGUCGCCGCCCGCCCUUCCCUCCCAACCGCUACAGCAGCAGCGGUGACACACGGGACACGGACACACAGGCCCCGUCCAGCGGCGAGUCGAGCCCGUCGCCCCGACCCUGCAGCUCCGACCACCUCCACUCCCACGACGGAAGUCCCUGUUCUGCUGAAGACAUCGAUAAAGACAGCGGGUGCAGCUCUCCUCUUCCCAAGUUCGCCACUUCGCCCAAACCAAACAACAGCUACAUGUUCAAACGGGAACCUCCAGAGGGAUGUGAGAGGGUCAAAGUGUUCGAUGAGCUGGUAUCUGGCCAAUCAAAAGGCUUCCCUCUGUUCUCGUGCCCUGACAAAAACAAGGUGAACUUCAUCCCCAGAGGCUCGGCCUUCUGCCCCGUCAAACUCCUCUGCUCCUCCCUGUUCUCCCCCAUCAGCCCCAGCUUUCACACCAGCAGCGGCCUCACAACUCAGGUGACCCCGACUCAGCCCGCAGCGCCAGCAGCUACGUUUUCGUCCUCCGCAGACCUGAGCGGCGGCAGCGGCCUGAGUGCUGAGUCAGGAGACGGCUCAGCACAUGUAGUCCUCACCAGCUGGUCCUCAGGUAUUCAUGACCAAACCACCUACAAAUAAAACAUUGCAUCUAGCCUGGUGGUUUGGCUUAAAAACAAAAAGGAAAAAAAAAUGACAACAAAAAAAUUGCACUCUGAUAAUCCUAACAUUAGCCAGCAGGGGGCGCCCUCGGCCUGGAAAUGGAUUCCUGUUUGAGGAUAAUACUUGAUGUUUGGGCAUUGUUGCUGACCGCUCUCCUCCCAUCACUAACCUAACCUCCCAUCGUCACAUAUAGCAGGAAAUCGUUUGCUUAUUCUGCAAUAAAUAGAAAUGAAUGAUUAAAUUAUAUGUAGCGUUGGCAGUCUUAUCAAGAUAAAAAAUAAAUAAAAAUUAAAAAAAGAAAAAAUCCACAAUUGUAACCAUGCAAUAUCAGCAGAAACUGCAUUGUGUUCAUGUUAUUAUCCAGCUGUUCAGUGUUGAAGCUAAAACACAAAUGGGAUUUCUUAUAAUUUACCCCAUUUUGGCUCUAAAGGGCACAAAACAUUUUUAUUGUUAUUGUUGUUAUUAUUUCUGACGUAUAUGUUUGAAUGUACUUGUUGCGUUGUGUUAAUGAGAAGCAGCAGUACUUGUUGAGUGUAGUUGCAGUUUUUUUUAAGGCCAGGCCUGAACCUGUACACGGUGUGAUCACCAUGGCAACAGGACGAGCUAAGCACAAAAUGCAAAAAUACGAGCUGUUUAAUCAGUGACCAAGUAACCACAAAGCACACGACUUUCCUGUCGCCUUCUUAUUGGCCCAACCGACUGUUCGCAGUAACUCAGGUUGUUCAGAAGCGAAUGGUGGGGCUGUGCUGCCAUUCCUGAGUGUUCAUAGUCAUUUUCUCACAAGGAGAUUUUUUUUUUGUUUUCAAAAUGUCCUCUUUUGUUUUUCAUUCCCAGGAGACGUAGGUUUGAUUCAGACUGAAUUUUUAGGUUUUGACAUUGUUCCAGGUGCCUACGACACAUUCCACAACGAGCUGCAUGAGCUACUUUAAUUCACAGCUGCUUUGAUUUGUCUUGAGAAGUUUGCAGCUGUGUAACAAUUAUAUUAAACACAAACCAAAGCAAAUUACAAAACGGCACAGAGACCGUCAUAUUCGGGAUGUCAGGGCAAUUUUUGUGCCAGAAUGUUUGUGUGUUUUUCAUUUUUGUAAAGUGAUUCAGUGUCAUAUGAGGCUCUGGGUCAAUUUGCCCCUUUCAGGAUCGGCAUCCCCACUUCAUACCUGUAAAAAAACUGUUUCUAUCUAUUUCAGUGGUCAAAAUCAAUAAAAAUGGGAAAGAAAAGCACAAAAAAGCUCAAAGAGUCUGGCAGCAAUUCAAAAUCUGAAAUAAUUGAAGGCAAAGUUUCCUGUUUGGGUGCAAAAAGUUUUAUAAAGUGGUUUAUUGAGUGCGCAGGAAGAUUGGAAAAAGGUUUUCUGAUGGUAGCAGAAUGGAGAAAGGGGGUGAUAUAUGCCCAGUAUUUAACAAUGGGAUGGGAAAAAAAUUAAAACCAGUGAAAAUAAUUAAAAUUUAAAAGGCAAAAAUCCCCACUGCCCCCCAAAAAACAUGUCAGCAGGAUAUAAUCUUUUAUAUCUUUAAUCUAUAAAGUGAAAUUCUCAUUUUCUUUACAUAAUCUGUUUGUAUUUUACCAAUAAGGGAGCGUUUUAGAUCAGGGCUGUUCAAACUGUUUGACAUGUGGGCCAACAUUUUACUUGCAAGCAUCCCUUUGUAACAAAGGGAAAUUAUUCAUGGUAGAUCCCAAACUUUACAAGGAUUUUGCUUGUUUGCUAUAUUAAAAAAAAAUCUAUAUAGCAGGAUUUUCUUUUAAAAUGCUUGCUAUAUUUGCUGCAUUUAAUAAAUAAAAAAAGCUGAUUUUGGUACAUUAAAGUUGGCUUUUCUGUUAAGAAAACAAACAAGUGUAUGAAUAAAUGUGAUUCUAAUAUUACAAAAGCUUUGUAAAACUUUGUGGCGUAUUUAUUUUCUGUUGUAAGAAAAUUAUUUUAUCUUGAUUUGAAAUAAAAAGUCUCAAAAUGGCCCCCGCCCCUCACUUUGGACACCGCUGGUUUAGAUGGACGUUGUAAUUUCUGCUCCUGUUCUGAUCAGUAUUGAUUUCUAUCCAUCAAAUACCUGCAACCAGAACAAUUUAUAGUAGGUGAGCACAUAUGCAGAUUAACCUAAAAGUGUUUUAACUGCUUUUAGGUUAAUCUGAAGACUUCGUCAUGCCACUCAACCUCCAGAAAAUCUAGUUUCCUGACUUUAAAACGCCAUUGGAGCUAAAGCUGUGCAUGUAGUGGAUCAGAGAGAAUUUAAAAUGCAUAGAAAAGAAAAACAAAAGCUGCUAAAUAUUGAUGAAAAAAAGGUUGUUUUUUUGUUGUUUUACCAAAAAGGUAAACGCUCAAAAACAGCUGCAAUCUAUUGGUUAUACUGUUGACUUCCUGCUUCAGUUAUAGAUUUCCCAGAUGAUCUUGUUAGGAAAAGAGCUAAUUUAAUCUGUUUUGUGUUCUCAAUAGUUUUUUUAUGUUUUAUGUUCUAUCCAACAUAUUUAUAUUGAAAAUGUUUUUAAGAAAAUAAUUCUGAGUCUACAGUUGCCUUCCUGUUCUAGACGGCUUCAAUUAAAAGGGUUAUUUUGUUUCAAAAAUAAUUUGAAACAAAAUAUUUAAUAAUUUAUAAUUAUAUAGAAUUUAAUCUAAAGACAGAUUGUGAUUUAUUUGUAGCAUUCUUUCGAGAUUUCUUUGGUUUCCUGGCUUUAAAUAAAUCCUGUUUGGGUCAAAAUUGACAGAUUUGACCUUGAUUGACCUUCUGAGAGUUGAUGAAGUUUAUUAAAAAUGUUUCCUUACAGUAGGCUAUCAGGGGAUUUUUAGAAAUAAAAAUAAGAGUAAAAAAGGGGCAAAAUGACCAGUGCUCAACAUAAACCCACUGCUGCGUAAUUUGGGAAACACACAAACUUUUUUUUUUUUUUUUUUGGUAAUAAGCCCAAGCGUAAGCACUUAAUUGGAAAGGAAAAGAUAAUCACUGUUCUGUGCUGUAUUCAAGUUUGUUACUUAGAACAAUCAGAAGAAUGUGCAAUUGAUUUUUAAUUAGCAGAAAAACACUAGUUUGUUUUAUAGCUUGGGCUCCAUAAAGGCCCAUUUAACGUCUGAUAUUACUGCUGAGUUCUCAGCACGUUUUAGAGAUAUUAAAGCAUAAACGUUGCAGUUAUAUGCUGAUGACACCCUGUUGAGAUUCAUCUAAAUAACGAUCAAUUCCUGAAAAAUAAAAUCUGUUCUGCAACUUCAAAAUCUUCGACCGUAUCCAUUCAGUGCCGAAUGUUUAAAGAAGUAGUUGCCAUUGUUGGCGAUGAUAAAUUGAUUCUCCUGUUUUACAUGUUUUUGUGUAGAUCUUGUUUUUUUUUUCAAUAAAGGAAACAGAAAAGCCUUUUUGAAUUGAUAUGUCUUUUCUUUUUAAAGGGCUUUGAGACACAGAUGGACAAACAUCAGCAUUCAGUAACGUCUCACAUGUAGAGGCUGAGGUAAAGUUAAGGCUCUUCAUGUAGUCGAUAUGAU